AUGACAGAGAAGCUUCAUUCUCUAUCGACACUCAUAGUGCCUCCGAGUCAGACGCCCGUUCUCAGUCCCCAGUCAACGCCCGCCUUGUUGCAUCAUGUAUCCAGCAAGGUCGAGACGGUUGAAGAAGAACCUUACACCAUCAAGUGUAUAUGCAACUUCGCUGACGAUGACGGGAGCACUAUCUACUGCGAGCCUUGCGACACGUGGCAGCAUAUCGAAUGCUAUUACCCCAAUAAUACACAGGACGCAUAUCGUGAGGACUUCAACCAUUCCUGCGUCGACUGCAAACCGCGACCUGUCGACCGUCAUGGUGCUAUUGAGCGGCAAAGGUUACGACGAGUCAAACUUCACACAACCGAGGACCUGGCCGAGAGGAAAACCAAACGACCGCCAUCCAAGAAUCAUAGGAAGAAGUCGAAACCAAAUGAACUACAGAUAAAUGGCCACAGUGGUUCUGACACAAACACAAAGCCAUCCAGUGAGCAUCACGGCCACAAAAAAUCCAAGAGCAUGCAUAGGCCAAGCCAGUCGAAUGGGUCAACAGCAAAGCGCAGUCCUUCCUAUGUCCAAAAGACUGGAAAUUCCCAUGCCCACCCCCCAAGCCCUGCCAACACCCCUCCCGACGUGCCUGCCGAUGGCGAGAUACACAAUUACUCGGAUAGCUUUCUGUCGCUUUACAGUGAUGAUCGCGAAAUUGAGAUUGUCGAAACCAACUCAUUUGCCAGUCUCGAGAUCUCCAACGCCAUGUCGGUUUGGCUUAGGGACCACGAAAAGCUACGGCAUGAUUGUGGAUGUGAUUUCAAGGAUGUCUUUCAACCACUUCCGACAAAUAUCGAUUCGACCAAGCGAACGCCCGUCGUCUCUCACAAGAAACAAAUGUCCACGCCUGACACAGUGUUACAUUGGCAAUACCUCACCACCCCAUACUCUAUUGAGAAGGACACGCCCAUCGUAGAGCUCAAUGGCCAGCUCGGGUACCAGAAGGACUACUGUAGCGACGAAAAGAACCAGUGGGACCUGCUUAGUUCACCAUUGCCCUUUGUCUUCUUCCACCCCGAACUCCCGCUAUACAUUGACACGAGGACAGAGGGCUCGCUUGCCCGCUACGUGCGGAGAAGUUGCAGACCCAACGCUACCUUGGAAACAUACCUCUCCGCUGGCUCCGAAUACCACUUUUGGCUCCAAUUAACCAUUCGCUGGGACUUUCGUCUUGCAAAAGAUGAGCGCGGGAGACGGACGCUGCAACUCCUCGGCCUGGGCGACGAAGAUACGGGGCAGCCUGACUACGACCCCAAUCAAGUGGAAGACUACCAAGGAAUCCACACCUGGGUCUUCCAGAUACUUUCAGAGCAUGGUGGCUGUGCUUGCGACCUGGGCCAAGAUUGUGCUUUCGCUCGAUUCUACAGAAAAUACAUCGAUCGGUCACAUUCGAAACAAGGUAGCAAAAAACGGUCGCGCAAAUCUAAAACAAACGCUGUCUCCCCCACAACUACAAAUAGUCGUGCCGCCAGUGAGGGUCAUGGCGACGACGGACCAGAAAAUGAUUCAAGCUCGUCACGUAGUAAACCACCUAGCCGAGACAUGACGCCAGCACGACAGGGGUCAUUCGAUCAGUUAGGGAUACUCACCGAGCCUACCGACAGAGACAAACGCAAAGUACAAAUGGUCGAAGAUUCUUUCCGCCGGAUGGAGCAGCAGCAACCUCCACGAAAGAAGAAGCGCACCUCAGACGGCGCCAACUCGGCCACCUCCAGGUCAAACAGAAAUUCCUCGGGCCACCUUUCAGGUCAAACAAACGGAGUAAGUGAGCGUCGGUACGUUGAUGCGAGUACCAACAGAAGUAUGUCGGGGUCCCCGCAUAGCGUCAACACAUUCAAGCAUUCCACACCUAGGCAUGGUUCCAUACCGAUGCCUUCUCGCCAUUCGUCCGAAGGCCCCCGACCCGAAUACUGCGAUGCGGCUGCACAAACAGAUCCUGUCGAUGGGGAGUGGUUCAGUCCCACACGUCAGGCACCCAAAGUCAAAAGGCGUGUUGUUUCCCUGUCGAAGCGCUUGUUAGAGAACCGCUAUCGCUUACGAGCCGACUUGGAUGAGCGUCGCCGGUCUUCUGCGGAGUCCCCCACUUCUGUCACCUCUGCUCUAGUCAAAAUGGACAUUGAUUCGCCCCAAGAUUCCGGCAGUCGGCUCUUAUCGCCCGUGGCCAGCAGAGAACCGGCCGGAAUUGACCGCGCAGGCGAUGCCGUUAUGGUUGAUGUCGCACCGGCCUCCCCCGAGGAUACGAGAGAUGUAUCGCCUAUGGAUGUGUCUUCGGCUUCUGCGAAGCUUAAAUCACCAGAUUUGCGAGUUCAACUGCCACCUGUCCCUGCUUUCAAUAGCAAUACGACCACGGCCUCACCUGCUUCGACACCAAUGUCUGCGACAGGCACUAUCACGCAGUCACCGUUCUCAUCCAGCAACCUUCCGAGUCCUUUCGGGUCAGGGCCCCACAUUAUGAAUGGUGUGGCAGUGGCUCCGAGCCCCGUGAAGAAGAAGCUUAGUCUCAGCGAUUACAAGAGCAGGAUGAGCAAGAAGCCAACAGGGGUAGCCCUCAAAGCGCCCUCUGCAAUCACAGAAGAGGGAAAAUCACCUACUCCUACAGAUGUGCACAUGCUGGAUUCACCGAUCACGGAAAGAACUGUUGACCCCUGA